CUGGCGGUGUCCCCGCUGCCCGUGCCGCUCCUGGGGACGCCGCUGACCCCUCCCCGGGGGCUGCAGGUGCCGUACGCUCGCUCGGAGGCGCACCUGACGGAGCUGCUGGAGCGCGUGUGCGAGAAGAUGAAGGAGUACGGCGAGAAGGUGGAUCCGGCCACGCACCGCAAGAGCUACGUCCGGGUCAUCUCCCACGACGGCACCAAGAUGGACCUUUCCGGAGUCAAAUUCGACGGGGAUGUGACCUCCAGCCUGAAAUUCGCGUGCGAGAGCAUCGCUGAGGAAUACGAGGAUGAGCUCAUCGAGUUUCUCUCGCACGAGGCUGAGAACGUCAAGGACCGGCUCUGCAGCAAGAGGACGGACCUGUGUGACCACGCGCUCCACAUCCCACACGACGAGCUGUGACUGCCUCCUCCGGAGCAGGGACCGGGACAGCGCCGGGACCCAGCGGGGUGUCCCCGGGCCCCAGCGGGGUGUCCCCGGGACAGACGGAUCUGCCAGGACCUCCACGGCUCCGGAGCCACUGCCUCGCCCCGUGCGGAGCUCCCGUCCUAUUUAUUCCCCAUCCGGGGACACCGGGACGGCCACGGGGCCGGGGCCACGUCCUCGCUCCUGCAGGGACAUUUCAGGGACAUUCCUGCCCCACUGCUGGGGGGCGUGGGGGAGACGCUGGGGCUCAGCCCCCCAUGGGUGGGGGGUUUGGGGACCCCCCUCCCUGCUGCAGGCAAUAAAGGGGCCGUGGGCCCACCCGAGGGCAGCUCCGA